AUGGGCAGCGGGAGCAGCAGGAGUAGGAGGAAGCGGAGCUGCAGCCCCGGCGCGGAUCGUCCCGGCAGGUGGGGCAGAAGCAGCAGCGCCCCCAGCUGGCAGGGCGAGGAGGCCAAGGGGAGCCAGGCGCCCGCCCCCACGGAGCUGCCCAGCAGCAGCCUGCGGCGGCCGCAGCCGGGCGGGCCGGCGGAGGACUCGGACUGGGAGCUGCUGGAGGAGGUGCUGGCUGAGUGCGAGGAGCCGGGCGCGCUGCUCCCCACGGCCCGGGGUCCGGCUGCCCCCAUCCCGGGCCCGCCCCGCCGGGGGCCCGCCGGGGACUCCUGGGCCGGCCACGACCGGCACCCAGGGGCGGUGGCAGCAGGGAGCGGCCGGGGCAGCGGUGCCGCCGGAGGGGACCAGCCGGCCUCCUUAACAAGAAGCACACAGGACCCAGAGAACAACAACUCCUCCGCCAGUGAGUUUCCAGUCAGAAGUAACAAGAAGCCCGAGAUGCAAUCCCCCAUAUCGUACGAUUACUCUGAAGAAGAGCUCAUGGCGAGUAUUGAACGAGAGUACUGCCGCUGA